CGCGCGCGCGCGCGCGCACAUAUACGCUAACACUAGUACGCAGGUGGAGGACACCCGAGCAAACCCGGCCACUCUCAGGAGUCUACUUGUUGAUGCGCCGUGGGAGUGGUGCACAGGAUAGACAAGACACAUUGAUCUCUGUGUUAAUACGAUUCUGUUUUUUUUUUCAUCAUGUCGGUACACAGCUCAUGAUGCCUCCAUCGGCUCUCUACAGAGCACCGAAGACACGGACAGGAAGUUUGAACGCAUUCAGUCUUGAAAUGUUGCCGAUGCCGCUCCACAAGGUGAACUGGGAUAUAAAUAAGACACGCACAAGGAACGAAGAGGGACCCUGAUGUGGUCUUCCACAGGACCAUGUCUUCUUAAACUGCCAGACGGCCUCUUCCAGUCUUUCAGAGUGAUCGAGUGACUUGAGUCAAGAUGAUCAAAACGGGGUCUCGGGUGGCCACCUCGCUGCCACCGGAUACGAUGGACAUCAUCCGGAGCAAGACCCAUACCCGAAGAGUGAGGCUCAACGUGGGGGGGCUUCUCCACGAGGUCCUGUGGAGGACGCUGGACAGACUGCCCCGCACAAGACUGGGCAAACUGAGGGACUGCAACACCCACGACUCUAUCAUGGAGAUAUGCGACGACUACAGCUUGGAUAACAACGAGUACUUUUUCGACCGACACCCCGGCGCUUUCACCUCCAUUCUGAACUUUUACCGCACCGGAAAGUUGCACAUGAUGGAGGAAAUGUGCGCCCUGUCCUUCAGCCAAGAGCUGGACUUCUGGGGAAUCGACGAGAUCUACCUGGAGUCCUGCUGCCAGGCCAGGUACCACCAGAAAAAAGAGCAAAUGAACGAGGAGCUCAAACGAGAGGCUGAGAACAUGAGGGAGAGGGAAGGAGAGGAGUUUACCACUACAUGCUGCUCCGAAAAGAGGAAGAAGCUCUGGGACCUCUUGGAGAAGCCAAGCUCAUCAUUUGCCGCAAAGAUCCUGGCAAUUAUCUCCAUCCUCUUCAUCGUGCUGUCCACCAUUGCCUUGUCUCUGAACACCCUCCCAGAGCUGCAGGAUACUGAUGAGUUUGGUCAAGCCUCAGACAACCCACAACUGGCCCAUGUGGAAGCUGUGUGUAUUGCCUGGUUUACCAUGGAGUAUUUGCUCCGCUUUCUCUCUUCUCCCAACAAAUGGAAGUUCUUUAAAGGUCCUUUGAAUGUUAUCGACCUGUUGGCCAUCCUACCCUAUUACGUCACCAUCUUUCUGACAGAGUCCAACAAGAGUGUGCUGCAAUUUCAGAACGUACGCCGCGUGGUUCAGAUUUUCCGGAUCAUGCGGAUCUUGCGUAUUCUGAAGCUGGCCCGUCACUCUACAGGUCUUCAGUCUCUGGGUUUCACUCUGAGGAGGAGCUACAACGAGCUAGGCCUCCUAAUCCUCUUCUUGGCAAUGGGCAUCAUGAUAUUCUCCAGUCUUGUGUUCUUUGCUGAGAAGGAUGAAGAAGACACCAAGUUUAAAAGCAUACCAGCGUCCUUCUGGUGGGCUACCAUUACCAUGACCACAGUGGGUUAUGGAGAUAUCUAUCCCAAAACUCUUUUGGGGAAGAUAGUUGGGGGUUUAUGCUGCAUUGCAGGAGUACUGGUGAUAGCCUUACCCAUCCCCAUCAUUGUGAACAACUUCUCUGAGUUCUACAAAGAGCAGAAGAGGCAGGAGAAAGCCAUCAAAAGGAGGGAGGCUCUGGAGAGAGCUAAGAGAAAUGGUAGCAUUGUCUCUAUGAACAUUAAAGACGCAUUUGGUCGCAGUGUAGAGCUCAUGGAUGUCAUGGUGGAAAAAACUGAUGAUAAGGAGAAAGUCCAUGAUAAUCACGUGUCUCCUCUCCAGCAGAGAGGGACCCCCAAAUUAAAAUCACACACCAACCUCAGCAGCCCCUCCAAGACCCUGGAACCAAGCUACCAAGAGCAGGCCAAGCCUUCGAUCAGCCCUCAGCAUCUGAGCGUACAGAAACUAGAGGAGAUGUACAACAAGAUGGCCAAGGCCGAGUCACAACCCGACAUUAACAGCAAGGAAAAAGGGACCCUGUCCAAAUCAAUGAGACAGAGAGCUGAGUUUGAGAUGGGAAGCAUCCCUACUAAAGGCAUGUCAAGUACAGCGGAGGCAGUGACGGACAUGAAGAGCAUGUCUAGCAUCGACAGCUUCAUCAGCUGUGCCACUGAGUUUCCAGAGAGUUCUCGUCUUUCCCACAGCCCGGUAAGCAGCAUGCCAGGGAAGGUCAGUACCCACCCCAGUCUAGAGCCCACACUGGAAAAUGAGCAUGAAGGAUCCCAGGACACCUCAAAACCUGAGACAGGAGAAGGUACCAAGCCCAGCCCGUUUUCUGAGAGCCCUAGAGGCCUGCGCUUAAACAACCCUCUCAAAAGCCGCUCGCUGAAAGUCAACUUCAAAGAUGGUGAGGAUUCAGGGACAGGACUCCUCUCGGACAGCUCAUCUGUCCAGAGCCCUGAGGUGUCCAUCUACACAACUGCCAGCAGCAGGACACCCAUCAAGAGCCCUGAGAAUUUACUGCCAAGCAUCUUCACAUUCCACGACGCAACCAUAAAUAAGUUCAUUGAUGCUGACACAGAUGAGGAGGAGCACUUACACGAUGGUUCGGGCACCAGCGCAACCCAAAGACUCCUGGAAAAAGCCAGCCCCAAGUUUGGCCAUCACUCCACCAUCCAGCAGGGUUCCAACCACAUGGAGGGCCCCCAGAAGAAGCUGGGAAAUAGCACACUGCCUCUAGAGGGACAAGAGAACCACAUGGCUCAGGAACUACAGCCACUUCAGGGAGAGAAGAGUCACUCCAGCUCUUAAAGUUAUAAAAAACAAAUAAAAGAUACAGACCACAGAGAGAACAAGCAGGCGACAGGGCAGCAGAGGAAGUGGAGAGCGAAUAAGACGCACAGUGAACUUCCCAAAAAAAUAUGAAAGGCACUGAAAACAGUUGAAGAACCACAAUACAAAAUACUUCUUCCAUGGAAACAAGUGUGGACGAUGGGGAAAUUUUUGUGUUGAGCUCUCAAACUUUUACCUACUAGUGACUCUUGAAUAAAUUGAUUAAAGACUCUUAAGAGACUUUAAAAGCAGCAACUAAUGCAGUCUAAUUUAUACAAUUUAUACAUUUGCUUAGGCCCAGAUUCAACAUUUAGCCUACAUGUAAGAGUGCAGUAUGUUGUUUUUAUAAGCCAGAACAUGAAUUUUCUGAUAUUCAUGGAUCCCACUUUAAAAGCCACUAUAGCAGAGGCUAUAGUUAAAUCUGUAGCAAUCCAGGAAGGGCAUUGAAACAUGGCACAUUCAGCUGGGGUAUUUCAAAUAACUAUAUUGUAAUAUUACGGUUGAGCAUACAUUUUAACUUUAUACACAGAGUGUUUAAUCACAGCGUAUCUUAUAAAUGUGAAAUGUUGGGAAAAUGUAUAGUUUGCUUCCUGUAUUCCUCAAAACUGGCCUUAGUUCAUGUUGUCUCCAUGUUUUUGUUUGUAUGAAUGAGAAAGAAACAGAGGGCACAUGCAUACGUGUGUGAGAGUAAUAAUAACCUUUCAUAUCUGUACAUAUAUAAAAAAAAAAGUUAUGUAGUGUUCUCUUGUCUUAAGUGUGACCUUUAGGAGAAUCAAGUGUUUCUGUUCAGCUGGAGUUUUGUUGACAUUUUUUACUGCACAGAAAACAAUUAGAUGCCACAGAGACACUGUGAGGCUGCAUCCAUCAAUUUCAUUGUUGUUCCUAUUGUGCCCGACUGCUGGCAAGAGAGAGCACCUUAACGUGAUGAUUAUUUUUAUUAUGAACCCACAAGAAGGAUAUGUGUUUUUCUUGCUUGUUUACUCGUUUCUAAAUGUGUGUGCUUGUCCCUGCCUGUGUCGGUGGUGUCAUCAGAGGUCAGGAUCAUUUUGGAUCCAGAGAAAAAACAAAAAGCAGUCUCGGGUCAUUUUGGGAACUUUCUCAGAGGUGUUCCGGUUGUAGCUGAUAAACUGAACUCUGCAUAAAAUGACAGCACUUAUGAGCAUAGCUGGAAAGGACGACUGCUGAAAUCCCAGAGGUUUUCAGUGUUGCUCUUCCAGUAUGAACAUUGUACAUGUAUAAGUACUCAAGUAGACUGUACAACAAAAGGUACACAUUUACUGUACAAAAAAAUAUUUAUAUUUUUAAGAUAUUUUCUAAAAGAAUGGACUCUUAGGCAGAUAUCUUGUGCUUACAUCAUACUUUCGCAUUUAAGAACUUGUCCUGCAUUAUUUUAAUGGGGUUGCAUUUAUUAGAUGAUAUUCUGUAGUAGGUGAAAUCAUUUGUAUUGUUUGCUACUGUCUCCCUGUAAAAUGUCUGUCCUUGAUCCUUCGUACAAUGUGAAGAACCAAAGAAUCUUGGUCUUUCUGGUAACUCAUACAGAUAGUUUUAAUGUUUUACCUUAAAAUCUUUUGAGCAUUCCUUUUUAAACAACAGAAUCUGACAUGUUUCAGGGAGCCAUACUUGCUCAUUCAGGGCAAACAUGUAACAUGCUUGAUAGAGAGUGCGCCGGCCUCUGAAAGAGACAGCAGGUGAUGGAGGAUCAAAAUAAAAAGAAGGAUAAAAGAAUAAAAAUGAGGGAACAGAGCACUUUCAAAAGAUAAUUUGAUUGCUUACACAUUGUGGGUCUUCCGUUAUGCUCACAUGAGUCCACAUGACAUCUCUUAGAAACAUAAAGACAUCUUGCAGCUAUGUACAGCUUGGGCCCGUUUUAGUUCAACCAAAUAUCUUGCUUCUCCGAAUGCACCUGAUUCUAAACCCAUCACAGUAACCUAGGUGUUGUCAUUUGGUGCUCCUUCUUACAACAACAGCCAUACAAGCAUGGUGUCGUAAUAUUAAUUACUUUACAACCUAUCAUGCAAGCAUGCUACAGCUCUUUCUAUUAGUGCAGCUUAAAAGAAAUCCUAGUAUUAACUGCGUAUGAUCGUUUGCAGUCAUUAGACAUGAGUUAGAUAUUUCUGUGCCUUUGCUUUUAAGGAACGCCAACCCUGCACACUGAAUCUGUCGCCGUGCCCUGUCCAAUGAAGCUGGAUGACAUUAAAUAAAACCGUACAACAAAUAAACACAUAGCAAUCUGGGUCAUCGUGCAGUCACGCUGAUGCAUUAGAUGUCCGCAGCCCUCCCUAACGUCUUUCCUGCACACUUACACUUAAAUGCACCCAGCAUUUACAUGAAAAAGGCCCAGUCCACAAAAACAAACAGGUGCAGACUCACUCAGCAGAGAGAACGACCACUGUUUCCAUGGUGAUGGUUGAGAUGACUAGAUGGCUCCCAUUCGAAGCAAGAAAUAGCCUAAUUUGUAGACAUGGAGUCCUUAAAGACUCAAAUGGCAAACUGCAAGCACAGAGAGCAUUCUCAUUCAUUCAUCCAUUCAUGUAUCUGUUCAUCUCACUUGUUCUCUGCUUACUUGUGACUUCAGUGAGGCCAAUCCAGAAGACAUUAUGCAAACACAAAACUGGAUUUCAGGCCUCUCGAUCAGACUGCCACGUCAUCGGUUUAUUUCACCUUCUCGUUCUCAUGCAACCAUGCGCACGCCUCAGCAAAACACAAAAGAACAGACAGAGCGUGACCACACGAGUGUUCUCCUGACACUACGGUGCAACAGCAACGAUGCAAACCAACACUUCAGCUACCUACUCCUGAAAGGAGUGAGUGUGUAACGUGAAUGGAAAAGGAACAAGUGCCGUGUGACAGACAGAGCUGUGCAGCAGAGCUGUCAGUCUGAUCGCAACUGACAUCCCUAACGAUGGCAGCAGCACUGCGCUGCCUCUCCUCAUGUCCAACUUCAGCCCAUAUUAGUCUUUAACAAAGGCAGGAUCAUCAUUAAAAACACAAUCUUGAGAGCUUGGUCCUGUUCUGUCCUGGGGCACAAAGCAGUCCUCAGGCAAAACCACUUCCAUUACACUCUGUUAUUAAGAGACAAAGCUAGCAGCUGAGUUAAGGACACACCACUUGUGUGCAAUUUUCCUUCACUGUGCUUGAGUCUGUUGUUGCGCAGAAUGACAAUGCAAAACUGGCAUUUGGGUUGAAGCAUCCUUUAGAGUGUGCUUUCAACUCUUCCAUAAAUAUCACCCUGGCUAUGCUAAGGGACUCCAGGCGUAUGGGAAAGGCUCAAUUACAGCAGUGUCUUUGGUCUGAUGGUGUCAAUCUGUUCUGAGGAACAAACUUUGAAACAAAAGAGUCAGACAAAAAGGGGAGAAACAAUACACUCACUGGUGAUUGGGCAUUUUACAGCCCAGCCCUUAACGCCGCAUAGUGAUAAAUGUAUGUCGUAUGAAUUUCACUGCUGAAGGUGUCAGAGACAUAAAAAUGGGGAGGGUGUGUUUCACAGUGAAGAAUGAUGCACUCAUCCCCUGCAGUAAUUAAUGAGAAAAUGCUGAGCCUCUAAUCAUUAGUGAACUUUCUUCCAAACAAGCCAUAUUCCGUUUUCAUGAAUACGGCUCUUUUCUGUGCUGGAUGAAUGUUAACAAUGUCCUCGUUGCUUUUUAUAAUUUCUUUUUCUUGUUUUCUAAACAGCACUUUAUUGAUUUCUCCCAACUUAAAUCCUCUGCUGACAAACAGAAAUGUCAGCACACAAUAUUGGUUCAAACACAAUUUCCAAAAGCACAAUUUACAAUGUCAUUAAGUAACCAUUUUAUUUUGAGAUCAAUACGGAACACAAGAGGUUCAAGCCAAACAAAGACGCAUCAUGUCAUUUUGUGAAUCUUCCCCCCGCUUCAGGGAAACAAUCACUCUGCUCAACUCACACAGGUCUCAACGCUGCCGCUUACUGUUUCUGAAGAAAAUGUUUGUUUUGUAAAGUUUCAUACUUUGUACCCGUUGACUUUGUAGAAUAUUCUUUUUUGUUGUGGUUUCCUUGUUGUUCAACGCAUGUAGCGCUAUUGAACUUUGACACACAGAACUUGUAAAUAUCAUUUGAGAAGCUUUAGGAAAAUGUCUAUAAUGAGCAGUUUUGAAGCAAUCGUCUCCUUCCUUUUACUGACUGAUGCUUAAUAAAAGAUGAUAAUCUA